ACAUCCGUUACUCACAACGGCCCGAACCACGCUAACACGUCUGACACACGCACUUGUGGAUAUCAAACCGUUAAGCGAGGAAAAUGUCUUUAGAGUCAACUAUCGAUGCAAAAAUUGCCUCCAAAAAGGUAAUCGUGUAUUCCAAGAGCUACUGUCCUUUUUGUACUAAAGCAAAGAAAGUUUUUGAGACGUACAUACAGAAUGGGUUAUUAAAACGAGAGGAUUACGAGGUCAUCGAGAUCGAGAAUGACCCCCAGUGCUCGGCCAUCCAAGACAUCAUGAAGAAAAAGACGGGAGGUAGUUCUGUACCCCGAGUUUUUGUGAAUGGGAAAUUUAUCGGAGGCGGUGACGACGUAGUCCGCCUGGAUAAAAACGGAGAACUCAAGAAACUACUUUUAUCUUGAGUAGGAUAUUUUCUAGAGAAAUGUUCAUGUCAGCUCGUUCAGUAUCUUUCUAAAAUCAGAACUGCUCUUUUUUUUUCCUCUUGUUAACUCUGAUUUGCUUGUCAUAUUUACCAAGGUGCAAUGUAAUUUAUUAGCGUGAUAUUAUGAUAGUGAAUACUGAGAAUUGGCUUUUUCAUACAAGAUUUCAACACCAAAAUAAUCCCUUUACUGUAUAUAUGAAGCAUUAGACUACAUUAUUUAUAUUUCUCUGAAUAUCAUGUAAUUUAUAUAUGUACAUGUAUGUGUGCAGGCACGUAGCAGCACGUUCCACCUUUAUCAACAAUGCUACGUGCCUGGCAAAUAUUUUGCUGUAAAUUGUCGACAAAUCAAUAUCAAAACCAACUAGUUAGCUUCUGUCCUAUGAAUAUGCGUAAUAAAAUUAUUAUAGAA